GUGCGCUACAUGGCUUGGCUGUUUUUAAUCGCCUCAAGUCAGACGCGGUCUCUCAGGAGUGCUUCUCCACCUGAACUUCCCCCCAUUUUAUAUAUUACACUCCAUCUCUAUCGUAAACCUGAGGGCUGCUGUUGCCAACUUCCCAGUUGACUUUUGCAGCUGGGCUCUUAAUGCCCAGAGGUUGGUGACUAAGACCAGGAAAUAUGGCAACUGCUCAGAAGCAAAGAACCUCUCUGAGUGCAAUAAUAUUUCCCAACAAAAUAUCAACUGAGCAGCAAUCUCUAGUAUUAGUGAAAAGACUGCUGGCAAUAGCGGUAUCCUGCAUUACCUACCUAAGAGGGAUAUUUCCAGAAAGUGCAUAUGGAACAAGAUAUAUUGAUGACCUCUGUGUGAAAAUACUGCGGGAAGAUAAAAACUGCCCUGGCUCCAGUCAGCUGGUGAAAUGGAUGCUGGGAUGCUAUGAUGCACUGCAGAAAAAAUAUCUCAGAUUAAUCGUCUUAGCGGUCUACACCAACCAGGAAGAUCCUCAGACUGUUACAGAGUGCUACCAAUUUAAGUUCAAAUACAGCGAUCAAGGACCAUCUAUGGAUUUCACAAGUAAAAACAAUGGAAGUAAUUCCAACAACACGUGCACAAGUACUAAGAAAGCUAGUAUCCUGAUGCUACGAAAGAUUUAUGUCCUGAUGCAGAACCUGGGCCCUCUGCCUGGUGAUGUCUGUCUGACGAUGAAGCUGUUCUAUUAUGAUGAAGUUACGCCUCCUGAUUACCACCCUCCAGGAUUCAAAGAGGGUCAUUGUGAAGCAGUGGCAUUUGAGGGGGAGCCAAUGUACCUAAGUGUUGGUGAGGUUCCAACCCCUUUUCAUACGAUGAAAGUUAAAGUGACGACGGAAAAAGAUCGAAUGGAGUGUAUCGAUGCAGACUUAUUAAGGCAAGGGAAGGAAUUGACUUCCACAAAGCCACAGCAUCUUGAUAAAAUGGAUGUAAGGGAAGAUUUUAUUGCAGAAAACAGAAUGAGGGAGCAGCAAAACACACACAGGGUUCCUCAUACUAAAGAACUUAAUUUAGUGUGUGAAGAAGAUGAAGACAUGAGGAUAGAAGAUAGCCAAACUUUCUCCAUCAAUAGUUCUCAGGUGGAACAUCUAAUUAAUAAGACAUCAGAACUUGAAGUAGCUGAGGGAAAGACCCGAAGUGGAAGGAAGUUUAAAGGCAACACAGGUGACAAGGGAGGCAGCAACAAAAUUCAGUUAGCAGCAAAGUGUCCCAGAGAAACCCAGAAGAGAAGAAACUCAGAAUCGGGCAAGCCAGUUUAUCAUCUUGAGUUCUUUUCUGGUGAAGACUCAGUUCCCAAACGGAGAAAAAUCAGUGAACCAAAAGAGCGGAUUUAGAUAUUGGCUUUCAAAUGUUUAUUAUUUCCCGUUUUCCCCCUCCCUAGAAUGUUUUUCUCAUUAUACCCAGUAUUUUGAUGUUUUAGAGGGGGUAUAGUUUAACCUGUUAAAGCCACCCAACAUUUUUCAGUGCUUUUAUUUGCAGUUAAGAGUGCAGGCUUUUAACUCAGGUACAUGUAAAAUCUAGUCUUGUAAAAUUUCAUUUGUCAACGUGGAUAGAGAGCUGCUGCUUUAUCUGAGGCCUGAUUUAAAUGUAAUAUUGGGCGUGCAAGAAAAUAUACCCAUGUGGCAUUUCAUGUAGUCAGUCUCACAUUAAAUUUGGGGCUCUGAGCUGUUACCUGUACAGUGUGCCUAGGUAAUGAAUCUCAAGCGUGCUUAAUGUUGCAUGCACAGGUGAAAUGAGACCCAACAGCAGUUUAAAUUGGGCCAGAGGGAAACGUCCUUAAGAACAAACUAUGAUAAAUUGAUUCCAAGUGGAAAAAAAUCAGGCAAUAUUAAUACUGCCAUGCAAAUUAAAAGAAGGAAAAAGCUAAAGGUUUGUGACUCAACCUCCUAGAUUUUGGGACUGCAACUCCCAUCAGUCCCAGGGCUGAUAGGAGUUGUAGUCCAAAAAAUGGGGGGACGGGACACCAGCUUGGGGAAGGAUGUUGUAACCAGUAGCCUCAUCCACAGAAAAAGUUAAUCACAUCUAAGUACGUACUGUGGAAUGAGAUGCCACAAAAUUGACCUAAGCCCCAUGGAUUCCAACAGUUCUUAGGCACAUCUUACUUUCUCUGGAGCUAGCAAUUAACUUUUAAAGCAUUUGUUACUUUGUUUUCUGUUACUAGAAGUGUUAUAAAAAAUGUAGAGAAAAUGUUUAAAAAUUUUAUGCUAUAUAAUUCUUGAAACAUAAUGGAAGUAUGACUCGAGAACAUAUUGAUUUCUGAUUAAAUGUUUAUAGAGGUCUGCAGUGCAUGUGCUUUGUUUUAGACCUUCCAAUUUUAUAGCCACAAUAAAAUAUUUACAACUUGAACAA